CUUAACUCACUUAACUAACUAAUGGGCAGUGAUCUAUCGUCCAGCUCAGGGAGUCAACCCUCGGCCAGCGACGUGUCCACAUUCACAAGCAGAUCUGUUUGAUUUAUUCCCCAGGUUGUCUUGGGGCUCGGGUUCAACUGUCGUCCUACCAUGCAGAGCGAUCGUUGAACACGCAUCUACUUCGUCUGCUCUCCAGUGAUCCAGACAAUCUAAGGGACCGCAGCUCACUAUGGCGCGUCCCAUCCUCCCAUUCCGUGAUAUUAACCUUCACGCCUCGGCUUCUCAUUAUGCUUUCACCUCUCCUUCGUCUCCCGACUCUCCUACGCUUGUUGUUGAGCGCCCGACUGGCGACAUCCGUCUGAACGAUGGGACCCUGCUGGGCGCCAAGCGCGUCUCCAGCAUCGCUGGUAUCUUGGGAAUCAUAAAACUAAAGCUGGAUAAAUACAUCAUUGUCAUAACAAAGGCGCAGCCCAUGGGAAGGCUGCGGGGCCACAUGGUAUACAGGGUCGUGGCCACAGAAUUCCUACCCCUCCGAGAAAGACCACUGCAUGACAUCGAUGAAGAUACCUACCUCACUCUCCUGAAGGACCUACUCCGCAGUGGACCUCUGUUCUUCUCCUAUUCUCUCGAUAUCACCAACAGCUUCCAGCGACAGGCGCAGAGUGAUCUCAGUCUCCCCCUCUGGAAACGAGCAGACGACCGAUUCUUUUGGAACCGUUUUGUCCAGUCCGACUUGAUUGAUUUCCGUCAGGGUGCCAAUGACAAUGCGGGCAUACGGUAUGGCCAACAGCCUGGGGUCGACCCGUUCAUCUUACCAGUCAUGUACGGUAUGAUGCGUAUUACCUCAACCAGUGUCAAGUCGAGCCCCUUUACCUUUGCUCUCAUAACGAGACGAUCAAGACAUCGUGGGGGUACUCGAUACUUCUCGCGCGGUAUAGAUGAACAGGGCCAUGUCUCGAACUACAACGAGACGGAACAAGUGGUGAUAUUGAAUGAUGCGGCUGGAGGUCUGUCCGGGUUCGCUGGAGGACAGUCCAUGAAAGGAGACGGCGCGGGCCAGGACUUGCAGGUGCUAUCCUAUGUACAGACAAGAGGAAGCGUGCCGGUCUAUUGGGCCGAGGUUAACAAUCUGAAGUACACCCCCAAGCUCCAGGUCAGAGGGGUAGAGACUGCUGUGGAUGCUGCCAGGAAGCACUUUUCCGAACAAAUCAGGAUCUACGGGGAGAACUAUCUCGUGAACCUGGUGAAUCAAAAAGGAAGAGAAGAGCGAGUGAAGCGGGCUUACGAGCAGAUGGUCCGUGUCUUGGUUUCUUCACCCCAGGAGCAUACUGAGACCGACAACAUAUCUGACGAAAAGGUACAUGUUGUCGAGCCAGCGGAGAAGAGGCAAGAGAUGGACCGUCUGCACUACGUCUACUUUGAUUUCCACAAUGAAACAAAAGGUCUCCAAUGGCAUCGGGCUCAGCUUCUACUGGACCGUCUGAUCGAUGGACUGAACCGUGGCGGCUAUUUCCGCGGUGUCGAAACGCCCGGUGAUCAACUCGGGCAGUUGGAUAUCCGUUCUCUUCAAACAAGCGUUGUGCGAACAAACUGCAUGGAUUGUCUAGACCGCACAAAUGUCGUUCAGAGCAUGCUGGGCCGCUGGGCUGUGACCCGGCAGUUGAUCGACGUGGGAAUUCUUCGACCCGGAGAGUCAGCCAGCGAUGAUAAGGAAUUUGAGGAUAUGUUCCGCAACAUCUGGGCUGACAAUGCCGACGUCGUCUCCAAGUCUUAUUCGGGCACUGGUGCGUUGAAGACUGACUUCACCCGAACGGGUCAGCGUACGCGCGCAGGUAUGCUUCAGGACUUGAGCAACUCGAUCACGCGAUAUGUGCGCAACAACUUUAUGGACGGUCCCAGACAAGAUGCAUUCGAUGUGUUCUUGGGCACCUAUCUCCCGCCGGACUCGACGUUCGCUGGCAUGUUACUCUUCGUCGACCGUAGACCUGUUAUCAUCCAAGCCAUCCCCUACGUUUUGGCUGCGAGUAUCUUUAUGGUCACGCUGGCUACUUUCACAAGACAAUUGCCGGAUUCAGCUUCCUGGCCGCUGAGGCUUUUUAUCAUUUUCUGGAUCAUCAUUGGCGCAUGGUGCCUGCGCUUCGUUCUCGCGCACGGAAUGCUAUAUGUCAACUGGCCAAAGUUGAAUACUCCCGCAGCUGCCUCUGAAGGCUACCAGGAUGCUCUGAUCCAAGCGCGGUCGGACCCAGUCAUCGGCAAGUUGCUAUCAGGACGGAGGCACCAACGCGGAUACAGUAAUGUUCGCCUUGGCUACAUGGAGGAAGGGAAGAAGAGAAUCGAGUGAAGACUUACUUUUCGUACUCUUAUUUCACCAUUUCCCCCACGGACAGCGUUAUUCUGCCUUUUAGGCUUUUCUUUUCUCUUCUUUUGCUCGAUUCCACUUGCUCCCCGUGUUUCGGGAUGUUUGGAGCGAUUGCACUGUAUGACUAUUCCUCAACUGUUUGUUUAAUGGUACCGCAUCCGUACUUAGACAGGAUACAUUUCUUAGCUGUUCGAAACUAGUUUCCCGACAUUUAUUUCAUACAACCACAUCUCGUGUGCUUUUGGCUGGGACGUGAUCUACAUACUGGACACUCCGCUUAACCCCGUCGGCCUUUGCGAACGU